AUGGCGAGUUUUUUAAAGACGAUCCUGGAGCCAUCCGAGGAGGAUGCGUUUGACCACCUGACGUGGAUGGAAAAGCCUUCUGUCAUCAGCAUCUCUGGGGGCCUGAGCUCAGAGGAUGAGCUGCCCUCGCCCAACGUGGGGCUGCCCAGCGCGCUGAUCCCCCGGCAGCCGCCCGGGCCCGCGUACGUGACCCACACGGGCCCGCUGGUGCGGCGGCUGCGGCAGCAGGACGGGCUGGGCGCGGCCGCCCCCGACCCGCUACCGACACCAGAACCGGCUCUGCACCCGCUCCACAGCGAGCCCAGGCCCCGCUCGGAGCUCAGCACCUCUCCCACCCCGGAGCAUCCCCCGGGAGCUCCCGAGGACGCGCAGACCUCGGCACUGCCGGGCGUUUGCCACAUGGUGAUCUUUGCGAGGAAACCCCCCUCGAGCACGCUGCCCCCGAGCAGCCCCUGCUCCAGCCACGGGGAGUGACCCGGCUGCCGCCAAGGCGAAGGAGAAGAAUGUUUUAUUGCACUAAAUGACAGAUUUGUACAGAGGAAGAUGCUCCGAGUGCUCUCCAGACU